AUGGGUGAAAUUCAUCAUGCAGAGUACGCCAAUUUUUCUUCCUCGGAUAAAAGAGAAGCUUUAGAGCAAGUUCUUCAGUCCUACGAUGCGCUCGUCGAAGGUCAGACAAAUUGGGUGUGCAAUCUGUCCAACGCUUCGUCGCUUAUUUGGCACGCAUACCAGUCAUUAAAUGUUCCUGUUAACUGGGCAGGGUUCUACGUGUUAAACCCUGAGGUUCCAGGAGAAUUGAUUCUGGGUCCAUUUCAAGGCAAGGUUGCCUGUCAGACCAUCAAAAUUGGCCAUGGAGUCUGUGGAACUGCAGUAUCUCAAUCUGAGACCCAAGUUGUUCCCGAUGUUAACAAGUUCCCUGGGCACAUUGCUUGUGAUGGAGAAACUCAAAGUGAAAUUGUCGUCCCUAUAAUUUCAUCCAACUCAAGUGGAGAAAAGACCGUUCAAGGAGUACUGGACAUAGAUUGUCUAGCGUUACAAGGGUUUGACUCUAUUGACCAAGAAAUACUUGAAAAAAUUGUUAACCGUAUUGCUCAAACAUGCAAGUGGUAG